ACUGAUUUAUACCACAUGUGUGUUUGUGUCAGCAGGGUUGUUCUGUGAGUGUGUAAUGUGUCUCAUAUCAAUGUGUUGCAUUUCAAUGUGUUUGUGGGAUGCGCUCCUGCUGCAUAGAAAUAGAUAGCACAGUGGUUAGAGAGCAGGGGAGAGCGAGUGCAACACAUUUCCUGCAUACCUCUCUCUUGCCCGCUCUCUCCAUUUUCCCCCUCCCACUUUGGGCUUCGAAGUGAGAGUGCCUCACUAGCAACACACUCCUCUCACUCUCCCUGUCUUGCUCUCCCAUCUCUACCUCUGUGCUCUCUCGCUUUCACCCAGUCAGAGGGGGGGCUUUUCCAUAACCAGCUGUAGCAUAGUGUGAUCCUCACUGCUAAUUGUUUUUUGAAUGAUUAUUUCUUGUUUUUCUAUGUUUUCUCUUCCUCAUUACAUUUCCUUGCUGUCGAUGUCUCAUCUGACAACGUCACUCUGGAUGCUACCCAGGUGCACAAAGGGCAAAGAGAAUGGAGGAGAACUUUUAAGACAGCUAUAACAUUUUUCAUGAAUCUAGACACUUUGGAUUGAUUUAUUUGCUGUUGAGAGACUGGCCAACAAUGGAGGGAUUUUUGUUGUAGUGGACAACUCAUUUAGGUUAUGUCCCCCUGCUGAGACUGCUGGAGAGAGAUUUUUUUUCCAUCUGUGUGUUUCACCUCUCAGAUACUGACACUGUUGGGACUUUUAUGGGGAGUUCAGAGGAGUACUGAACCCUUCUGUCCAGGGAAGCAGUCCAGAGAUGACCACAGUGUCCAUGGAGCCUGUAGGAGUCAUAAUGGAAAGGGGUGCCAAUACCACUGAUGCCCGUCUGAGCUCGCACGAGGACACAGCCGCCACAUUUACCAUUGGCACCAUCCUCUCGAUCAUGUGCCUCGUUGAAGUCUCAGGGAACAUUUAUACCCUGGUAGUCAUGUGCCAGUCCAUGAGGACUGCUGCCUCUAUGUACAUUUACAUCAUAAACUUAGCUUUGGCAGAUCUGCUGUAUCUUCUGACCAUCCCCUUCGUGGUCUGCACACACUUCCUAAAGGGAUGGCACUUUGGAGACGUGGGGUGUCGGAUUCUGAUCAGCAUGGACUUCCUGACUAUGCAUGCCAGUAUCUUCACGCUGACAAUCAUGAGUACUGAGCGCUACUUUGCAGUGCUCAAGCCACUUGACACAGUCAAACGGUCUAAAAGUUAUCGGAAGGCCAUCGCUCUGCUGGUCUGGGUGGCUUCUCUCAUCCUGACCCUACCAAUGAUUGUGGGCAUUCAGCUAAUGAUGGUGGGUGACAAGGCCAUGUGUCAGCCCACCUUGUCCCCACUCUCCUAUAAGGUUUACAUCUCCUUCCUGUUUUGUACCAGCAUUGUCGCUCCAGGACUGAUCAUUGGCUAUCUCUACAUCCAGCUUGCACGCACUUAUUGGGUUUCACAGACGGAGUCCUUCAAACAGACCAACAAACUUCCCAAUCAAAAGGUUAGUGCAUCACAAGAUGUGUAUUUUAUUGGUUUCAUGUGGUUCUUUUUUGCACACUUUGUGAUGGUGCUUGAGCUAUUUAUGAAAACCAAAACAGAACAAAUCCUCCAAGUUAAACAGCAAAAUACAUUGUUUGUACAUGCCCUGUCUGAUCUUUAGUCCUUACUAGCACUAUGACAUCAUGUGUAGGGUGCCAUCUAAAACUGCUCCAAACCACUGUUACAAAAAUAAAACCCUAAUCUGAUAGGACACAUACUAUAUAUGGUUGAGUUUUAUUUAGGUUACAUUUUACCCAGUCUGCAAUUCAACUGGAGAGAAUUCAGACACAUCCAUUGUGUCAGACCUGAUGUGUAGGCUGGAGGUUAGGUACAGCACCACGGUACAAACUACCAGAGCCAUCCUCCUCACUAUAGCUGCUGAUUCAGCCAUAUUCCUCAUGGAGAGUGCACUCCUGUGGGAGGGGUCCUCUAUCCGGCUGCCCGUACGAUUAUGACAUUCUUUCUCAGCUACUGUAUGAUCUUCUGUUUGGCCAUGGGUUUGCCUAAAACAGGGUCAUCAUGGCAGAUAAGCAGUUACUAUUUAAAAGUGUAAGAGAGCAGCAGCAUCUCUUUGGCUCUCUAGGCUAUAGGAAUAAUUCAUUCUCUCUGCCGCUUAUAUUGAUGUGUGCAACAGCGAGAAGCUGUCCUCCAAUAAAACAUGGGUCUAUAGGCUAUUUAUGCCUGCAGGUUAUUGCAACCAACUGUAAUGUGUCCUUGUUAGGCAACCUAAAUCAGAAAUUACAGGACUUUCCUAUAGGAGGCCGCUGUUCAAUUCUAGUGUGAAAUGUGUUUUACAUCCAUAACCAUUUCACAACCUUUAUCAGGUGCUUAUUACCGUGAUGAUGAAGGUUAUCUAACACAAAUUGUUACUUUUUGUUGUUUUUGCACCUAAACAAAAUAAAUCUGUAACGGUCUAUUAUGAUUGUUUCCAUGGCGACGAAGGUUGGGUACACAUGCCAGUGGAACGGUUGUAUGGAGUGUAUGACCGUUAUCAUGAAGACAAAGGUCUGGUAAACAUGCCACUGGAAGGGUAUUUGAGAUAGGGACAUAUGAUGUAUCCUGUCAUUUAGGUUGGAGGACUUGCUGAAAACGGUGAUCUCAUUGGCCAAGAGGGUGAGGGCUUAGUAUCAGCCUUGACUGCCAUAGCACUAUCUCUAAAGAAAAAGCUGUUAGACAACAAGGUGAACCUGGAUUAUCAUGCAUGUGGGUAGAUGAGAAUCUGGCAAUGAGUGAACAGCGACUGCUGGUUUAUAUGCUGGGAGAUAAUCACAGCUAUAAGAAGCAGGUGAGACUGUGUGUGUGAGGGGGAGCUGGGCAGCUAG